CUGUCCGCGCAUGCUCAGUGCUGCGCGGCGAUGCUCCGUGUCCCAAGAUGGCGGCGGCGGAGAUAAAGGAAUGGGACCGUGUCCCCUCCAUUGCCCUCCUCUGGAACAUGGAAUUCCCACCCUGGUAAUCCCAAAGCUGCUUUGUCUCCCUGGAAUGAGUGCAUGGUGCUGAGCUCCGGGAAUUCCAGCCUGGAAUGACACAGGAGCCCCCAUGAAGAUCAAGGAGCUCUACAGGAGGAGGUUCCCCCGCAAGCCCCCAGCCCCAUCCCACCUCCCCAUGCUCCACACCGCAGAGGGGCAGCUUCCCUAUGGACACAGCUCCGGCCCCAUGGCAUUCCCGGCUCCGAGGCCUGGAGCCAAGCAGGAGGGGGAUACGGAGCACGGGACCCCCCCUGUGCACCCCCUGCACCCCGAUGUCACCAUGAAGAGGUUGCCCUUCUACCAUGUGUAUGAUGAGCUGAUCAAACCAACCACCUUGGCCUCCAGCAGCAGCCAGCGCUUCGAGGAGGCUCAUUUCACCUUCGCCCUCACCCCCCAGCAGGUCCAGCAGAUCCUCACAUCCCGAGAUCUCCUUCCGGGUGCCAAGUGUGACUACACCAUCCAGGUGCAGUUGAGGUUCUGCUUGUGUGAAACCAGCUGCCCCCAGGAAGAUCACUUCCCUCCUAACUUAUUUGUCAAGGUCAAUGGCAAACUCUGCCCCCUGCCCGGUUACCUGCCCCCCAACAAGAGUGGUGCUGAACCCAAGCGGCCCAACCGGCCAGUGAACAUCACCCCCCUGGCAAGGCUCUCGGCCACCGUCCCCAACAGCCUCGUGGUCAACUGGUCCUCGGAGCUGGGCCGGAGCUACUCGCUGUCCGUGUACCUGGUGAAGCAGCUGACGGCUGUGAUGCUGCUGCAGAAGCUCCGGGCCAAGGGCAUCCGGAACCCAGAUCAUUCCCGAGCCCUCAUCAAGGAAAAGCUAACUGCUGACCCCGACAGUGAGAUAGCCACAACCAGCUUACGUGUGUCCCUGCUGUGUCCACUGGGGAAGAUGAGGCUGAGGGUGCCCUGCAGAGCCACCACCUGCAGCCACCUGCAGUGCUUCGAUGCAGCCCUAUACCUGCAGAUGAAUGAGAAGAAGCCCACCUGGACCUGUCCUGUGUGUGACCAGAAAGCCCCAUACGACGACCUGAUCAUCGAUGGGUUGUUCAUGGAAAUCCUCAACUCCUGCACAGACUGUGAUGAGAUCCAGUUCAUGGAGGACGGCUCCUGGUGCCCCAUGAAGCUGGAGAAGCAGGAGAUGGGCCAGACCUCCGUGCUGAGUGCCAUUGAGGCCACUCCCGCUGUGGUCCCCAGGCCCCAGGCAGACGUCAUUGACCUGACCAGGGACUCGUCCGAUGAGGAUGAGGAGGCACCGGAGGAGGCACCGGCAGCCAAGAGGCAGCGGCCGCUGAGCAGCAGCACCGGACACAAGGGGGUGCUGAGCAUCCAGCCCCGGCCAUCCUCUGUGCUCCGGAGCGCUCCCAUGGCAUCCCUGGGCAGGGACUACAGCUCCAGCCUCCCCGUUCCCGACUUCCACCCUUCCUACUCGGAGCUGGCAGGUCUGGAGUUGUUUUCCUUCCUUCCAAGUGAAAAUCAGCAUUACAGCCCUUCAGUCAUCACCUCCCUGCAGGAGCAGGAUGCCCUCAGGCAUCUCUUCCCAUAUGGAAGCACUUCCAGGCCUUUCCUUGGUGUCACCCCCAUGUCCAUGGCCGGAUCCCAUCAAACCAGUAGCAUCGUGGCCACGAGCACACUCCAGAGCAGCCCCACAGCACAGCCGGGAUGCAGAUCGGACAUCAUUGCCCUGGAUUGAGCAGCAUUCCUGCUGGGAAUAGAUGGGAUGCGAGGCCAAGGCCUGGCCUUAGGGAUUGGCUUCUCCAGGUGGGACCUGACCACUGCUGGUGAACACUGUAUCCACUGGGAUUGGGAUGCUCGGAUGGGAAGUGCCUCUUCCCAAGGGUUAAAGCAAACCCCCUGACUUUGGAAGCAGCAUCAUCAGCCUGGUUCUAUCCCAUGUGAUUUCUCUAUAGAGCUCCAAGAAUUCCAGCUGGGAAGAAACCCUCCUUUUUAAGGGAAGCAGCCUAUGGGAAAGGCUGGGAUGAAGCCGGAGCCUGAUCCCUCCAGUGCUAUUCCCAUGGAUUCUUAGAAAGCCAAACCUGCCUUUUUUCCACUCUUUUUGUACCUCCUUUUUUACCUCCUUCCAGCUUGGAGCUGGUCAGGGAACACACACAGGAUCUAUAAUUACAGCUGCAUGGAUAGUUCCCAAGUUUUCCCCUGUUUUCCCUAUGGACACAGGGAUAACUGAGGGUGAUGUUGCCCAGGUUAUCUAUGGACUGGAUUUGGGUUGUGGCUCCUGGAAUUCCAAGUGGUGUGUUUUUGGGAUGGGUGAGCAGGAUUCCACUGGGAUGAGGCCUUGUGGCCCAGGUGCUGUGGGUGCUUCCAUGCAAUAAAGGUAUGAAAUCCAUUGGGA